CUCUCUCUCCAUGAAUUGGUUGCAGAUGCGACUGCGGUUUCCCCAUGCUUUCCCGGCGUGCAAGGCAGAAACGCACCGUUUCUAAUCAUUCACUCCCUCUCCCGUUCUCUGUCUCUCUCUCUCUCUCUCUCUCUCUCUCUUAUUUAAUGGAGGGAAGAGAUCGGAGCUAAGCUUUCUGUAGCCCUGCGGCAGCUUAGCCUGUCUAUCUGUCAUUUCUCCGAGGUUCUCUUUUGCAUGCAUGGAAAUUCCUAAUGCUCACAGCCAGGUAACUGUGGACAGGAACAAGCUCACAUAUGCUUCUCUACUACUCUGGCAAUGGCCAGGCAUCAAGUGGAUGGACUACUAGUGUGCCCCAAGAACCAACUGGAACAGGAAAGAAGACCGAGGCCUCACCCAGAGCAGGCUCUCAAAUGCCCCAGAUGUGCUUCGACCAACACCAAGUUCUGCUACUACAACAACUACAGCCUCUCCCAGCCAAGGUACUUCUGCAAGGGUUGCAGGAGGUACUGGACUCAGGGAGGCUCUCUCAGGAAUGUCCCAGUUGGCGGUGGCUGCAGGAAGAACAAGAGAUCCUCCUCUUCCUUCCCUUCAAAGAGGACACAAGACCUAGAUCUCACUGCCACCAGCUCCAUUAAUCCACUUCCCCCUACCUUCGUUCCUCCUCCACUUGCCAGUGAUCUCACCUUGGCCUUUUCUGGCCUCCACAAGGAGCCACCCACCGAGCAUCUGGGACUGGAAAACCAUUGCCAAAGCCUUCUUCUAGAGCAUGCCAGCACCGAGUCUCUCCUCACUACCCUCUCAACAAACAAUGGCUUUCUUGACACUCUAAGGAGUGGCUCUGUGGAUGCCCUAAACCCAAGUGGUCUAAACAACCCUUACUAUGGUUUUGGUGUCCAUGGCAGUGUGGAGGUGAAGGUUGGUGUUAGUGUGGAAGAUAGACUUAUGUUUCCUGUGGAAGGACCGGGAGAUGCAGCAGCUAGGACUGUAACUGGCCAAGGUUCAUGGAAGGACAUGGAUGAGGGGGAGGCCAAAGUGCUGAUGGGCCUCCCAUGGCAGGUGGAAGGAGAUGGGAACAUGGCUGUGGAUUCUGGAAGAGACUGGACUGGUGGUGCUUCUUCUUGGCCUGGACUUAUGGGCAGCUCCUUGAUUUCAGCAGCAAGAACAGAUAUGUCCUCCACCAUUGGAGAUGCCUAUGCCUUCUUCUGAAAACCCUAUCAUAUCCUCGCUUCUUUCAUUGUACUAUUCUCUGUUUUUUCCUUCUGUUCUCUAUAUAUUGUGGGAGUGAUGGUUUAAUAACUACUACACAGACUUAAUCUAUAUAUAUGGUUUGUAUGAAUGGAUUGAAACCUAGAAUUUUUAUUGA